AUGUAUGGAACACGGCUCUUAGGUACGUCUAUACAGCAGCAAUUUCAUAGCAUAUAUAUCAAUUCCUCAAGAUAUUUAGCAAUGGCAGCAAAGACGAGCAAAAAGGCUUCAAAGACUAAGGUAGAAGAACCAUCCUUUCCUCGUACAAAAGAAUGCUCGUACAAAUUCGGAGCUCAUGUCAGUACGGCUGGUGGUGUUUCCAACGCAAUCUUGAAUGCAUCCAAGAUAGGAGCUAACAGCUUUGCGAUGUUUUUAAAACUGCCCAGAAAGUGGGAAUCUCCUGCUUUGAAACUCGAAGAAAUCAGGCUUUUUCGGGAGCUUUGUGAACUGCAUGGUUAUAACCCAAGAACGGAUAUCUUACCUCAUGGAUCGUACUUUAUCAAUUUAGCCAAUCCAGAUGAUGAGAAAAUGGAAAAGCUGUAUGAUUCGUUCUUGGAUGAUUUAAGAAGGUGUGAAUCUUUAGAUAUUGGUUUGUAUAAUUUCCAUCCUGGGUCAAGCUUGGAUGGUGACCACAAAGCAGCCUUACUGAAACUUGCAAAAAAUAUCAACAAGGCAAUCAGCGAGACUAAGUUUGUUAAGAUUGUAAUUGAGAACAUGGCCGGUCACGGGAAUUUAAUUGGGUCUGAUUUACAGGACAUUAGAGAUGUAAUUGACAUGAUUGACGAUAAAAAUAGAGUUGGUGUAUGCAUUGAUACCUGUCACACAUUUGCUGCAGGAUACGACAUCGUCAGCAAGGAAAAGUUUGAAGAGUUUUGGGAGAAUUAUGAAAGAAUUAUUGGAUACGAAUAUUUGAGUGCUAUUCACUUGAACGACUCAAAGGCACCCUUAGGUGCCAACAGAGAUUUGCACCAGAAGCUCGGCUUGGGAUUUGUGGGGUUGGAAUGUUUCAGAUUGAUUGCAAACUUCGAUAGGCUACAAAAUAUACCAAUCGUAUUGGAAACACCACAGGAUGAGGUGAAAAAGGGGGGAGACGGCGAGAUGCUAUACGGGAGAGAAAUUAAGCUCCUUGAAUGGUUGAUAGGUAAGGAACAGGACGAUGAAGAAUUUAUAACCAGGUCUACAGAAUUAAGCAAAGACGGUGAAGCGGAGAGAAAAGAACAAUUGGGGAAAUUUGACGCAAAGAAGGAAAAGGCCGGGAAGGAAAAGAAGAGAACAUUAGGUAACGAUAUCGGAAGUCUUUUGUCAAAGAAAAAGACUAGAGCCAAAUAG